AUUCAGCACAAAUCGCAAAAUAAAAUGGAGAAAGAUGAUGGAUUUGAGAGCCCAGAUGAGGCCCCACCUUUGAAUUAUCUUGCAUCAGAAGAUUUUCGCUCAAAGGAAAAAAAUAGAAAAGAAAAAGGAAAAGGAAAAGGCACUGACUUAUUAGUGCCAGGAGGUGACGACAGAAGUGAUGAUAGUUCAUCUUGUGGAUCAAAGAAUUCUAAGUAUGCCACUGCUAUCCAGACUAAAGAUGGAAAAACAAGAGAAGAUUAUAUAUUUAAGCCCAAAAGAGUUAUAACAUACGAAACUUAUCUUGAAAAAUCAAACGAAGCUCCUAAAUAUCUUAACUCUCCCAAGUUCUUAUCUAAGAACGUCUUUGAGAAGGUGGCUAUGCCUAGUUAUCAGUCUUCAGGGAGUACUCUGCUGAGGAAAUACAUUGAGAACAUCACCUGUAUCCUUACAGGGUCAGAUGGUGACACUCAUUCAAAGCUUGAUAGACAGUUGAAGGAAGAAUCCAAACUUCUCGGAGAAGGAAUCCUAGGGACAAAAGUCUGGAUAGCCCAAACAAAUUUCCCUGAAGAGAUAGGAGUUGCAAGAUUAUUUAUUAAUAAAGCCAUAGUAGUUACUAGGAAUCCUUGUGAUGCGAUUUUCUCACUUUUCAAUAAGCUUUGCACAAAAGAUAUUAACAAGAAGCUCUCAAGUGAGAAGAUGGAAGACUUGAAUGAUUGCUGGACAGAAUUUGUCAAGAAUGAGAUAGAUAUCUGGAAACAGUUUCAUGAUUAUUGGAUGCUUGAGCCUGUGGUUCCGACAUAUAUUGUUAGAUAUGAGGAUCUUUUAAAAAAUCCAAAAAAUGUACUAACCUCUGUGUUUAAAUUCCUAUUAAACACAAGAUCACUUUCAAAAACUUUGAUAAAGACUUUGAUUGAGAAGGAAACAGCUGAGGAUAAUGAAAACUAUUACAGCCAGAAUAAGCCAGGAUACAGCUUUGAGUGGUUUAGCCCAGAACUCACUUCAUAUAUGGAACAAAGAGCUGGAUGUGUGAUCAGAAGAUUAGGAUAUGGAGCUGAUUUUAUUACCCCUAUAAACCCUAUUGCUGAGACAGGGUUUUUUGAGAAUGAUGAUGACUUUGAAGCCUCUAAAGAGCUUGAAUUAGACACUAUUGUUAAAAACACGACUGAAUAUGUCGUAAAGAUGAGGUACAAUUACACAGAGCUGAACUCCAAUCAGAUGGAAAUAGUAGAUAAUGAAGAGUAUCAAAACAAAGUAGAUGUUGGCGAUAUUCCUUCAUUUGAGAUCAAUCUUGAGGCUGAAGACCUAAGAAUUAGAGGGGACAAGGACUAUAGAUUUAAGAAAAUUUUGGGCAAGUACAAGGAUAUUAUUAAAUCAUAG